AUCUUGUUCAUCCCAAUUUGCAAAGCAACAAUGGGAGAUGUGAAAGUACUUGGAUUUUGGUCAAGCCCUUUCGUUCAUAGAGUGAUAUGGGCUCUAAAGUUGAAGAACAUUAGUUAUGAGUACAUAGAGGUUGAUAGGUUCAACAAAAGUGAGCUACUUCUUCAAUCCAAUCCAGUUUACAAGAAAGUUCCUGUGCUUAUUCAUGGAGGCAAAGCCAUUGCAGAGUCUCUUGUCAUUCUUGAAUACAUCGAAGAAACAUGGCCAGAGAACCACCCAUUGCUGCCAAAAGACAACCAUCAAAGGGCAUUGGCUCGCUUUUGGAUUAAAUUUGGAGAGGAUUCGAUUGCUUCUAUUACCGAUUUGUUUCUUGGACCCUCUAAAGAUGAACAAGAAAGAGCAAGUGCAAAGAAAAAGGCAGAAGAAACUAUCAUGGUAAUGGAAGAGCAAGGCCUAGGAGACAAGAAGUUCUUUGGAGGCAACAAUAUUGGAAUGGUGGAUAUAGCUCAUGGAUGCCUAAGUCAUUGGUUAGAAGGCUUGGAGGAAAUUGUGGGGAUGAAAUUGAUUGAGCCAAACAAAUUUCCUCGGUUGCAUGCGUGGACUCAAAAUUUCAAGCAAGUUCCUGUUAUUAAAGAAAACCUUCCUGAUUAUGAGAAACUGUUGAUCCAUCUUGAAUGGCGUAGGCAGGGAUAUGUUACAUAGUAGAACUAGAAAUCAUAAAAUGGGUAAUGAAAUUAUGACUAUAGUCUAUAGGCCUAUAGUGAAUGGGAGUGUAGCACAUUCACAUGUGCUUAGUGAACUUAAAAAAGUUUGGUUUUAUAUAUAAAAUAAAAUUAAAAAAAAUAAAAUUGGGAGAGCAUUUAUUUCCAAUCUUGAACUGAACUCAAAUUUAUUUUAUAGUGUAGUGUUUUGCAAAGCUCUUUUUUUGUGUGUCUGUCAAACUAGUGGUAUGUCCGGCUGAUAUAGUGAGUUUGAAUUAAUAGAUUUCUCAUUUAACACCAAUUUAAUUUGGUUCA